AUGAUGAUCACACCUUCAGUGGACUUGGCAAUGUGGUGGUCAGUUUGUCUGGCAGUAUGGACAGAUUGAGAAAUGAACUUGUCAAAGCAUUGCCCAGCAAACUGAAAGGGAAGCCGUUUGUGUUUCUGCAAGAAACUUUGAAUGUUCUGGAAACUGUGAAAGAGAGUAAAGUUGUUGUAUCUGAGAUCUAUGGAGGUGACUGUAUUAUGCUGAAGAUGCUACCUGAUUCUGCUGCUGAACGUUUCUUCUGCCGAUGUGGUGCUGUAUCUCAGAUAGAUUGCACACUGUGUGGAAAGCAGUCUUAUUGCAGUGCAAAGUGCCAGAGUGCUGAUUGGCCAAAACACAUGCUAGUAUGCCUGAAGGCUGACAAUAAACUCCUUUCACAAUGAAACAUACGGCACAAAUGAUAUUCAGUUCUUGUACUUAGACACAAACCUACUAUUGCGUAAUACUGUAUACUCAAAACCUGUCUAAAACUGAAAACUGUCGAAACUGAAUUCUGCGAAAACCAGAACCUGUGUAAACUAAACUUUGCCUAUACUAGAGCAUUAUUUAAUCUAAUCCUGCAAAAACCAUGAUAUAUCUGAGCUGAAUUCUCCCUGAACCAGAAUCUGACUUAACCGAAUCCGGG